GAUCGGCGAACAGGGAAUUCCCCUCUCAUCCUAUUGGCUGCAGAGGGUCUUUGUGGACCAAUCCGUUUCCUCAUAGAUCGCUUGCCAGAGGAGCACCUCCUUCAUUCCAAUCGCGAUUCGAAAUCCGUGCUUUCUCUUCUUCUGAUCCGAGGCCAUGGCAAUUGCGGUUGUCUUGAGGCCCUUUUACAGCGAAUAUCUCCGUCAGUUUUAGAAAAUUCAUCAGAUACCACAAAUCAAAUUAUCCUCUCGGUAAAUGAACUCCUUGAAAGGAUUAAAACGUCUGCCGUUGAUCGUGUUACUGGUGUAUUCAAGACGUGGAUAACCCUUAACUAUAUUCAUCUUGAAGAAGAAGAUGAGAUAGACAAUGAAUCACGAUCAAGAAUAAACGAGAGAUUGAUCCAACGGACAGUUGGAGCCGUUAUCAAGGACUGUCAGUCCAUUUGGGCUAAUCCGCGAGAAAUUUCUAUUUCAACAUACUUAGUAUUUCAACUAAUAAUUAAACUAUUUAUUUUGGGACGAAUCGGGUUGGAGUUUCUGGACGCUUGUCACAAAGAGGUAGAAGCAGCCUUUUCGAUCGAUCAGCCGAGACCCCUUCAGGAAGUACAAAUGCAACAAUUGGAACGGAUUCGAGCAAGAUCUCUAACAAACAUUUUCGGUGGUAUGAUAACUGGAAUUUUCUCAAUCUUUUCAUUAAGAAUAGCUCAGUUGAGGCGAGCAUUUGAACCAGUUGCACCUUUGAAGUUUUUGACUAUUCUCUCCCUUCGGCGAUAUCUCCUAUGUGCAACGCGUUCUACAACAAGGAGCUUCCCCAUCACCACUGAAGGAUUUGCAUUUCAUCAUCAGCUCGAGGAACUGAACCUGCCACUUUAUCUACACAAGUUGGUGCUCAUGCAGGAUGAUAUUUAUUACCGAUAA